UUACCCUUUCUCUCUCCUAUUCCAAGAUCCCGUCCCCAGCUGUCCACAUGCACCUGUUCGGCUGUUCCCACCAGUGGAGCGAUUGACCAGAGAAUUUUAAAGAGGGGCAUUUCCGUCAGAAAACAACAUGAAAAGACGUCUCCCCAUUAAACGCCGGUAAUUCGGUCAUUUAAAGAGUAAACAGAGUUUCAUCUGGGCAUCUACAGCAGAGUCAGCCCGCAUCUCGUCUGGUUGAGUUGCUACUGACUCAGUGGUCUGUAAGAUCUCACACCAACCAAUGGCUUCUGAGGAUGCCCAGGAUCAUCGUAUUGCUCGAAUUUCUUCUGCGAUUCGGGUCAUCCCCGACUUUCCCAAACCAGGUAUUAUGUUUCAGGACAUAACAACAUUGCUUCUCGACCCCCAGGCUUUCAAGGACACUAUCGAUUUGUUUGUUGAGAGAUACAAAGGGAAAAGCAUCUCUGUUGUUGCAGGUAUUGAAGCAAGAGGUUUUAUAUUUGGCCCACCAAUUGCAUUGGCCAUUGGAGCAAAAUUUGUCCCCAUGAGAAAACCUAAUAAAUUGCCUGGGGCGGUUAUUUCUCAAGAGUAUGCAUUGGAGUAUGGAACAGACAAAAUUGAGAUGCAUGUUGGGGCUGUACAAGCUGGAGAACGAGCCUUAGUCAUAGAUGAUCUCAUUGCAACUGGGGGAACCUUGUGUGCUGCAAUCAACCUCCUUGAACGGGUUGAGGUGGAUGUGGUUGAGUGUGCUUGUGUCAUUGAAUUACCAGAGCUAAAGGGUAGGGACCGAUUAGGAGACAAACCACUGUUUGUCCUUGUAAGUGCAGCUUGAUCUCACAGUUCCUGUGGUAUAACUUCAAGCAGGUGGUUGGAGUUUAUGAUUGCUAGAGCUUUUCUCUGAAGCUGGAGAACCUUAAUGACCCAGCUCGAUUGAAGGGAAGAGAAAAUUGUUUGGUAAUGAAGGGUUUUCUUUAGGUUAGGUAGUUGGAGACCUGAAAACAAUUGGUUGAUUAAAGUAAUAAGACUUUUCAGGUUAGGAGGAUUUAUAUAAUUCUUCGUUUUUUAAGGGACUGGCCAGAUUCAACGCCUGACUGUUGGUUAAAUAUACAUAAAAACCUUACCCGGUUUUCUCUCGUGAACACCAUUAAUUGUGUUUACUUUUAUUGAUGCAAAAAAUUGUGUGUUGAUGCUUUUACA